GACUUCGUGAAACAAUCAGUCGCAGUUGUCACGGUGUUCCGGUCGUUGCUGUUGUUCUGGUUGCUCUCGACCACCGUGUUGUGGACGCAACUGAUGCGUAAAUAUGUGUUGAAACUACGCUCCACUAAACAAACUAAACACACCCCGAAGUGCUCUUCAGAACAUCCCGCUCGCGCUCGGUAUCGCGAGGGCGCGAGGUAUCCAUCGCCAACCCAACGCGAUCCAGCCGAGGACGCCUAUAUUGACAAGAUGGCGACGAAGAACGCGUUCGUUCAUCUGCUGUUCAUAGUCGUUUCGUGCAGCCUGCUCGCUGUAACCGCAGACGACGAGUUUCAACUGCUUUACUACCGCUACGUCACCUGCGGAUCGCUCACGAAGCUGCUCAAUCUCCGGUACGAGGUGAGGCUGCACUCGCAUAAGGUCAGCUACUCUGAAGGCAGCGGGCAGCAGUCUGUCACCGGAACCGAGAAACCAGACGACAUCAACAGUCAUUGGAUGGUCAAGGGAAGGACCGACGCGAGCUGUCCACGCGGCCAACGCAUCAAAUGCGGCGAUGUAGUACGACUCGAGCACCUCCAGACGAGACGGAACCUACACAGUCACCACUACGCGUCACCGUUGACGUCCAAGCAAGAGAUCAGCGCCUUCGGAGAAAACGGCAACGGCAACUCCGGCGACCUGUGGACUGUCGUCUGCAAGACGUUGUACUGGGAGCGUGGUGUUGAAGUUAGGCUCAAGCACUCCGACACUGAGGCUUGGCUCAGCGUGUCUGGACAGUCGUAUGGGUCUCAGUUGGGCGGGCAACUUGAGGUCUGUGGCGACUUUGCACCGAGAGACGACGCGUGCACUUGGAAGACGGCCGAAGGCGUCUUCGUUAAGCCUACUCGCCUGCCCGUGGCGAAUCGGCACACAGAACUAUGA